AAAAAAAAAAAAAGUUGGGUCUGAUUUGCUGGAAUCGCGCAGGACCGAAGGUGCACCGGUCGAUUUCAUAUCAAGUUUGGUUAAAGCAGGGGUGAACAUCACACACCCGGCGCCCCUACUGAAGCUCCCCACAAUGCUUUUAUGAACGACAUAUCAGAGCACCGAGAGAGAGACGCGCACAGAGCCCAUGUAGUAGAGGAGUACACGCACCGGCUCCACGAGUACAAUCUGCAAGCGCUCACACCGUGCGUGUCAACUUUAAAUUAUUAUUAUUAUUUACUCCGCGGACCCGACCGUCUUUGGAUCGCAUAAAAUUCAUGGAUGUUCUUGGAUAAUCUAUCAGUGUUUUACGCGGAUAGCUGCUCCACAGUCUCGCACGGUGCACGUCGGUCCAGGAAUGGCGCGAUAAAGUGAUCCGAGGAAUCAGUCCAAGUACAUUCACUUUUUUUUUUUUUUUUGUGUAGCCGUCUCGUCAUGUAUUCUCCAAUUUGUCUCACUCAGGAUGAAUUUCAUCCCUUCAUCGAGGCACUUCUCCCUCACGUCCGUGCCAUUGCCUACACGUGGUUCAACCUCCAGGCCAGAAAACGCAAGUACUUCAAGAAGCACGAGAAGCGGAUGUCCAAGGAUGAGGAGCGCGCGGUGAAGGAUGAGCUUCUGAGCGAGAAGCCCGAGGUUAAGCAAAAAUGGGCAUCCAGGCUGCUGGCCAAGCUGCGUAAGGACAUUCGGCAGGAGUACCGGGAGGACUUUGUCCUCAGCGUGACGGGCAAGAAGCACCCGUGCUGUGUGCUAUCCAACCCGGACCAGAAGGGCAAGAUCCGCCGGAUCGACUGUUUGCGACAGGCUGACAAAGUUUGGCGUCUGGACCUGGUGAUGGUCAUCCUCUUCAAAGGCAUCCCCCUGGAAAGUACAGAUGGGGAACGCCUUGUCAAGUCUCCACAUUGCACCAACCCAGCACUUUGUGUCCAGCCACACCACAUAACAGUAUCGGUCAAGGAGCUGGACUUGUUUCUAGCAUACUAUGUCCAGGACCAAGACUCGCAGCAGUCAGGAAGUCCCAGUAACAAUGAGCCAGGCAAGAACCCUCUUCCAGUCUAUUUGGAAGACAGCUUCAUCAAAUCAGGAGUCUUCAGUGUUACAGAACUGGUGCGGGUGUCCAGAAUGCCCAUCACCCACGGUGCAGCAGUAAACUUCUCCAUGGCCGACAUGCCCAGCCAACCCUACUAUCACGACCUGAACUCCAGCGUGGGGCUGCAUCGCUCCUUGUCCUCCCCUCCCGGCAGCAAAAGGCCCAAAACCGUCAGCAUGGACGAGAACAUGGACACCAGCCCAACAGGACCUGACUUCUACUCGUCACCCAGCUCACCGGCUAGCAGUCGGGCAAACUGGCACGAUAGAGAAGGAGCAGACAUGUCUUCUCCUACUAUGAAGAAGCCAGAGAAGCCGCUGUUCAGCCCCACCUCCCCGCAGGACUCCUCGCCUCGACUCAGCACUUUCCCUCAGCCUCAUCACCCAGGCCUAACAGGUGUAGGACACAGUGUUAUAUCGACGAGGAGCCCCCCUCCGCACUCACCCCUGCAGUUCUCGGCCUCGGCUAUCUUGCCCCCGGCGCCGUCACCCUACUUCUCGCACACCACCAUCCGCUACCCACCCCACCUCAACCCUGCUGAUCCCCUCAAGAGCUACGUGCCGUCAUAUGACCCGUCCAGCCCACAGAGCAGCCAGCCUAACAGCAGUGGUCAGGUGGGAAAGGUCCCAGGCCACUUCACCCCAGUUCUGGCUCCCUCCCCACACCACGGCGCUGUGCGGCCCGUCUCGCUCUCCAUGCCCGACACUAAGCCCAUCACCACAUCCACAGAAGGCUACUCAGCCCCCGGCACCCCGACGGCUAACCGUUUCGUAGGCCUGAGCCCGAGAGAUCCCGCCUUCCUUCACCAGCAACAGAGGAAGUGUGACUGGAGCGUGACUCAAAACGGCAGGCAUUAUGGCCCCAGUGCCACUGACGACACUUUUGGGAUUACUUGGCAAAGUCCUGGUACCUGGGCGAGCUUAGUUCCAUUCCAAGUGUCGAACGGGACUCCGAUUCUGCCAACAAAUGUCCACCAGAACUACAGCAUAAACAUCAUUGGUGAGCCCCUGGUCCCCGCUGAGACAGGGAACUGAACACACAGAGGCCGGAAGACCCCCAGGGUGGAUGGGUGCAGGUGGUGCAGAGCUAGCACUACAGGUGUCCGCAGCCAUGGAUGAAACCAGCAAAGCAGCAUGAGCUGCACAAUCGUCCCCACCUCUCCCAGUCACGCCCCUCCCAUGUCCCUCCCCACUCCCAUCCCUCCCCAUGAAGGACACUGGCCGUGAAGACGAGGGUUGGUUCAGAGGAAAGAAAAAAGAGAAAAAGCUUCAGGUCUGCUGUCUCCUCGCCCACACAUCCACCACCCACCAGUCAGUUGUUGUGUUUGCAGAACUUUUCAAUCCAUUCAAAUACUGUGAUGUAUAGAUGCCUUAAUGUUUUAUUGCAUGACACUCUAGUCUCUUAGCGGCAAUUCCUACUAUUUUUCCAUGUUGGGGGAAGAUGUAAAAUCUUGAUUUACACACACACACACACACACACACACACACACACAAGUGAAGAGGUCUGCGUAUCAACAACCUCUGCCUGGUGGAUGGCUCUGAGACUCGAAGCUCUCCGACUCAGACCUCUUGAAAAGAGGCUUUCCCACGUCAAACGAUUCACUGUGUACACCAUAGGAACAAAAAAAAAUUGUGAAUUCAGAGUGUUUCUUCUUCCGUUUGAUUUCAGUUUACUGUGAUACGACUCUUUGUUCAGAAAAUGUGUUGACUUUGCUUAUUCUUUACUGCUACUUACUUCAAGAAUUAACGUGAACACUUACGGGAAGAGUUGAGAACUCUUGAUGCGGUUUUCAAAAAACACUAAAUGUUAGGCUUGAGAUUGGACCCCUCAUUAAAGAAUUUGCAACUCCUUUACAAAAGGAUAUUAAAAAAAAGACGGAGAAUAAGAAAAUCUCGAUAGAGGCAAGUGCAAUUGAAUUUUUGAAGGGAAGCUAUCAGUCUGUCAGCCCUAAGACUCUAAAGGAAGGGGGAUAAAUAUUAAAUGGUUUUAUGGGUAAAAUGUUUAAGAAAACAUUUGAAUUUGAUUUCAGUCACAUAUCCGUCUCCUCACAUAAAAAAAACAUCAAGCUUGAAAGGCAGUUGAAGGCAAGCACUAAGCUAACUGUGCAGCGCUGAGCAAAACCAGCACUUCUUUUGAGCCCUUCCCAUCAUUAUGGGGAGUUUUUUGUUAUUUAUUUUGGAGAAAAAAAAUAACCGAACAUAAGCAUAGAAAUGAGACACACAUAGUGUGUAAAAAUGGAAUUUCUUUCAUUUUGUAAGAUCGAGAGCAUAUGCAUUUGGCCAUCAGCUUCUAAAGCUUAUGUUUACAAAAAAAAAUAUGGAAUGCAAAGUGUUAAUUCAUGGAAAUGUACAAUUCAUGCAAAUGUACAGUAGGCUUAUGUGUAAAGCUAGUUUGUGCAAGGUUAACUCUACAGUGGAAGAGGUUGAAAACUGAAAUUAUGAAUCCAGGUGGUGGCAGGUCCCUGAAAUCUAGAAUUGUGCACGGCAUGUUCACAGCCAUUGCCUCUCUAGUCCAGACAUAUUUAUACAAGGAAAAUCUCUCCAAUACUCUUAAUUUGCACGAUGACAUAUAGUCCACAUUACGUGCCUUGCCUUUGAAUAUAGAGACAUCACUACACUUGUUUUUGCUGCAUUUAUCAUUAUAGAAAAAAAUUAACAUUUUUAUGAUAAGAAUUGUUUUGUACUCUGAAUGAAAUUGUUGAUUUUUAACUUCAUGUACUACUCUAUCUCACAGUUACAUUGCAUAUCAAGGCUGUGUAUAGUUGCCGUUUUAAAGUUUGUAAUCAACCAGCAUUUUUUUUUCCUUUUUUUUUUUUCAGUAUUUUGGUGGUUUUUCUAAUAACCUGUCAUCUUUUGUUUUCCUUAUUUUUCAAUGCUCAUUUUCUUCAUCUUCCAGUUACUAUUGUGGAGGGUGGAAUUCAGAAUUAUGAAAAUUAUGCAAUACCAAGUUUUGCCUAUGUAGGUAGUGCUUAUAGAUGCGUCAAUUAUUAGAGGCUAGUUUGGAGAUAGACAAUAUUGUAAUGCAUUUAUUUUGUUGAUAUCGUUGUUUGUCGUUGUUGUUGUUGAUGAUGUUGUUGUUGUUGUGGGUGUUUUCCUUUUUUAUUGACCAAAGUGGGGACUGCUUUCUAUGCAGUGUAUGACAAGGUCUUUUUUUUUUCUUUCUUUAGCAUAUAGGCCUACCGAAUUAUGGUGAGACGUGUUCCAGUGUAUUUUGAAUUCGGGAGUUUUAGGGGGAGGGGCGGUAUUUUUCUAGAAGUACUUAUAAAAAAAUGCACCCUUGGUCUUACUACGGCUGCAAAGUCACUGAUUGGUCUACUGUGACUCUUACUUUCAACUUUCCACCUGGGGUGCUAGCAUGUGACCUUGAAGGAGCUCAUUUUUCACAGGAGAGACGGCUUGACUUGAGUAUGACAAUCAUUUAAAAAAAUCAUUUUACGUAGAAUCCCAUUCUGUCGUAGAUCCCUUAAAGCUGCAACUGAAGAUGGAAAGCGUUGCAGGCUUUUGUUGAAUACUACGCCGUACUAUUCUAGACGUCACCGAAUGCAAUUCCCAAGUAGAUGCCUUAAACACAUCAGUGAAGUGGCCUGUGACCUGCGCAACAAUCACACACCAACUAAUGCUAGUGAGACCUGUCCAAAUCAGUUGCAGACAGGCUCAAGCAAGCCUUUAGAAAGUAUUUUAUAAGUAGUAGAUUUGUAUAAAUGUAUAUACGAUAUGCACAUAUGUCAAUUCCUGAGACACUUCCCUAGCAGAGCCCCGUAGAGAAUGUUGAAAUAAAUACUGGACCGCAGAAGCAUGGUGUUCUCCAGUCCAGUGGCCCAGUAGAAGCUUAAAUAGAAUCCAGUAGAAGAAAAAUAUAGCACUUAAAUAGCACAUAGGCAAUCGUCUUCUCCCCCAUACAGUGUUUUGAACCUAGUCUUAAACUAAAUCUCUCAGGCGUAUUACAGGGCAUUAUUUAUAUCAAUCACUCUCUUACCAUUUUUAACGUAAAAAAAUAAAUAAAUAACUUUUCUCACAGAGAGAGCAGCGCCUCCAUUGCUGCUAUGACACCUUUUGCACUCUUUCCCUACAAUCGUGAAAGAAAUGUUUCCCUCGGAGAGACGGUACUAGCAGGAGCUCUCCGGCGUUAAGCAGAGGGCCUAAGAAGCAGAAUGUUUUUUUUUUUGGAAAAAAAUAAUCCUCAAGUCAAGCUCAAUCUCUCCGUCUUCACCCAGAUUUCUUAUGCAGAAAAAAAUGAAAAAGUCACCCCGUUCUAUGUGCACUGUUCUGUCUUUUUUUGUUGUUUUAUUCUUUUUUUUUUUCUUUUAAAAGAAAAACUAUAAGUGCUUUGCAGCCUUUGGCCAUUGGAGACCCCACUGAAGUGCAUUGUCCCCAGGUGUGUUUGUGAGUGUGUGUGUGUGUGUGUGUGUGUGUGUGUGUGUGUGUGUGUGUGUGUGUGUGUGUGAUAAAAAUGUGUCAGGGUCACUGUGCUGUUGGUGUUUAUUUGAAUAGGAGAGUGUACAUAAAGGUAAAUAUCCUGAUUGCGUCGAUAGCAGUAGUCUGUGGGGUUGAACUCUGCUUUGGCAGCUUGGUUGUUCGUGUGCAUGCGCGCGUGUGUGACUUUGUGAGCUGGACGUGUGAUCGAGUGCCUCUGACACUACACAGUGAGAGAAGAUGAGGGUCUUUCUAUUGAAAAAAGCCUGCCGUAGGACAGGAGUUUGUACACUGUAAACUUUCUCGAGAGUUCUUCUCUUAAGCCCUUAUUUGUAAAUCUUCAAUUCUGGGGAAAAAUAAGUCAAUUCCAUUUUAGGGAAAAAAAAGCUAAUUCAAUUUGGGUUUUUGUUUAUUUGUUUCGGAGGCUGGAUUUGAGUUAGAACUCUCCAGGUUCCCCCGAUUAGUAGAAUCUAAAGUGUUUUCAUCAGUUGUUGUAUUCCUGUAUGUAAAGUCAAAAAAUGGGAGGAAAUAGUCUAUACAGAUCCAUAAAUAUAAAAAACAACAACAAUGAAGGCUUUUUUUUAAUUAUUAAUAUUAUUAUUUCUGUUCUUGGUUAGUGCUUAGAUAUUUGCAUUUGGGAAACACUUCAUGAAUAUUUGAAUUGUUGUUCUUUCAUUAGUGUGGCCAUAGUGAGUGUGAUGUGAUUUAUCUCUUUUUUUUUUUUUUGAAAUGGGUGUGAAUUCUUGUCCAACAAGAUCGUGGUGUGAGUGUGUUCCUUGUAGCAGCUGGGAGGUGAUGUCACUUAACCAGUAGAAAAGGCCCCAGAUUGCACCUGACCUUAAGCGAGAAGCAGGGUAGAAUCUGCAGUGAAACGUCCUCAAUGAAUCUAUCAGAUAGUUUCUUUUUUUAAAUUUCUUUUUAAAGGAAAUGUUGCAAGGCAAUUGGUGCUACAUUUCGACGUAGUUCAGAAUCGGGUGGCCAAUGUUGAGCCGCCUACUUGGUUCAUAUGCAGACGACACUCUAAAAAAUCUCUUUAAAUAUCAGUAACAGCAUCGAGGCAUCACUCAUUUUGCACAUUCCACAUGCUGUCUAUGCCUGAUGUGAUGUAGUAAACCCUUCAUUUACACUACAAACAAACAUUAAAUUAAUCGCAGGUGCUUCAGAAUAGGGUACUGUACCUUCCAGCUGAUAAUAGGUAGUGUAUUUGGGCAUGGUUACGUAUUUCUGUUGCUACGCUGGGUGUGAACGUAGCCUGUCAAAAAGCUCUUGAAACUUUAUGAAAUUUUAAUCAGUGUUCCACCCAUCAGCAGCUUCAAGAGCCGUAUUCAAGGCAGAUUUUGACAUUCACAACAACCUUAUUUUAGAAAGUAUUAUGUCACUGAUCAUCAUCGAGAAACAGGACAACUUUAUGCAAGGAGGACCUGUGGCACUCAUGCAAUAUGUGUGAUUUCCCUUUUAACUGAAUGUCACGCAUUCUGUAGGGACAGAGAGGGAGUAUACAUGCAGACUUAGAGGAAACAUUAAAACUUCAUUUUCAUCCUACAUGAGCAAUACACACCUUCCAUAUGUUGGCUAGCUGCUAGUCACUUGGCAUCAGGUUGUUAUGAAACAUGAAAACCAGCAUUUUUACAGGAUGUAACAUUCACCAAAAGAAGACAAAAAGAUAGCAAUGCAGUGCCUGUUCAAGCUGUCCAAGUGUCUGUUGUAUAUAAUUGUAAAAUGUGAUAGACUUACUUUCAUAUGUGACAAGAAAAACACCAUCACACCGAACAGAAUGUGGCUAACUCAUCUGGAAAUAUGCUUCUUUGAUGUUUUUGGAGCUUUGUUUUUUUUUUUUUUGGUGAUCUAAUAAUUUUCAAAUUAUGUCAGCACACAAUGCCCACAUCAAGCUUGUUCAAAAUUUGAGAGGAAAUGUUCACUCUUCUUUUUACUUUUUUUUUUUUUCUUUUUUUUCGGGGAUGGGGAGCGGGGCGGCGGGGGGGUCAGUGCUACAUUAAGCGCAGUGAAAGGAUGAAAUAAUGUCUUUUCUUAAGAUUAGUCAUUUUUCUCUGCAGGGCUGAUUUAUUUUUGGGUCUUGUGGCACUUUUACUUCCCUCUGCGCACACAUUUCUACUUGAUGAAUCAUGGUGGAAUUAUAUAUAAUGAACAACAACAACAACACCAACAAAACAAUAUGUAACAGUCUCCAGUAGUGAUCGUAGUUACACUGCAAGUGUGUGCAAAGGUCUAUGUAUGUAUCUGAAUGUACGUUUUAGAGGACUUUUUGGAAACCUUUUUUGUUUUUUAUCUUUUCAUUGACAGUUUAGGAGCCACAGGUGUCCAUUGUGAACUGUAUAGCGAAGGCCUUGAUAUCCCUUCUUUUAUUGAUUUUAGAAACGCCGAGCAUUAGGCGAUGCCUUCAAGCUGGUUACAUUUGGUGCAGGGGCUAAAAUUGCCACAAGAUUAAAAUCAGUGUAAAUAAAGGCUCAACUUUUUGUGAUUGUUACUGUUAUAUCCAGCCUAUACUGCUAGCAGCUGUUUUUACUGCAGUCAAUUACUGGAAGUGGAUAUAUUUCCUAUGCAAAACUGUUUAAACAAUAAAAUGAGCUAUGCUACAAAAAUGA